CUGCAAUUUAGCCUGAGAAGCCAAAAAGACCCUUCAAUUGUGCCAACUUUCUAGAAAGAAGCCAGAAAAGACCCAGCCGCUGCAAGUUAGCCCAAGAAGAAGACGAAGAGGGAAAGCGCCUCCUAAUGUGAAAAAGGUUUUCGCUGCUCGAGGCUGCGUCUCGUAAGCAAGGAGUCGCUCGGAAGUCUAUCCUGUUCCUUCUCCAUCAGCCUUCAGGAGCGCCACCCUAGAACCCUCUGCCUCCCUCUCCGAUUCUAGGGUUUAUACAAUUUUCUUGUUUUCGGUUCCGUCCCUAUGGGCUUAAUAACAAUGGUUUCCACUUCUUCUUCGUCACCUACUGCUCCAUCUACACGUGCCAAUCUCUUGGUUCUACUUGGUCUCGGACUGGCCGGGAUUCUGCUACUUACCAGAAAGUUGAAGAGAGCUGUACGGGAGGACUUCGGUGCCUUCGUCCAGAAGCUUCAACUCCUUCCCCCGCCUCAACCCGCUCCCCCCAAAGCUCGCCAUCCGCUUACCGACCUCACCUUUGCCGUUUCCGACGUAUUUGACAUUGAAGGAUUUGUCACUGGUUGUGGACAUCCUGAUUGGGCAAGUACACAUGGUGCGGCGUCUAAGACUGCGGUUGUGGUUUCAACUCUUGUUGAAGGAGGUGCCACUUGUGUAGGAAAAACUGUCGUGGACGAACUGGCUUAUAGUAUCAAUGGAGAAAAUAGGCAUUAUGGUACACCUACCAAUCCUGCAGCUCCUGCUCGCGUUCCCGGUGGAUCUUCUAGUGGAGCAGCUGUCACCGUAGCAGCUAAGCUUGUUGAUUUUUCAUUGGGUGUUGACACAGUUGGUGGUGUAAGAGUACCUGCUGCUUUUUGUGGGGUCAUAGGAUUUCGGCCGUCAUAUGGAGCUCUUUCAAACAUGGGAAUGUUAACCAUUUCACCUAGCCUGGAUACAGUUGGAUUGUUUGCCAAUGAUCCUGAUGUUUUGAGGCGUGUUGGCCAUGUGCUCUUGCAACUUCCAUUUGGAGUCCAACGUAAACCCCGACAAAUUAUAAUAGCUGAUGAUUGUUUUGAACUAUUCAAGAUUCCAUUUGACAAGCUUGCUCAGGCAUUGAUCACAUCUACUGAGAAGCUCUUCGGAAGACAAGCUUUGAAGCAUGAAAUUUUCGAGGAGUUUCUAUGUUCUAAUGUUCCAAGCUUGAAAAAGUUUCAUACGUACAAAUCAGAUGCUAAAGACAAAACUUCUUCGCUAGGAAUGCUAGCAAAUAUCAUGCAUGCUCUUCAUAGGUAUGAGUUCAGUAAUAUUCAUGAGGAGUGGUUGAAGACGGAAAAGCCUGUCCUUGAUCCUGUUAUCUCUGCUCAUUUAAAUGAUGCAGCAGAGAUUUCAGAUACGGAGAUUGAAAAAUACAGAUCUGUUAGAAAUGAAAUGCGUGCAGCCAUCAACACACUCCUUAAGGAUGAUGGCAUUCUUGUGAUCCCAACAACAUAUGCUCUUCCUCCUAAACUCAAUGCAAAAGAGCUGCUCUCAGAGGACUACAAGCUACGUUCAUAUAGCUUGUUAAGUCUUGCUAGCCUCUCUGGCUGUUGCCAGGUCACAAUUCCAUUGGGGAGCCAUGACAAAUGUCCUACUUCAAUUUCUUUCAUAGCCCGACAAGGGGGAGAUCGCUUUUUACUAGACACAUUGCAGAGCAUGUAUGCAACUCUACAAGAGCAAGCUGAUGUUCUUGCUACAUCGAAACAAUCUGGUCGUGCAGGAAAUCCAGAAAUUUCUGCAGAUGUAGCUAAGGAAAAGGGAAACCAAGCAUAUAAGGAUAAACAAUGGCAAAAGGCCAUUGGUUAUUAUACAGAAGCCAUCAAACUUAAUGACAAAAAUGCAACGUAUUACAGCAACAGAGCUGCAGCUUAUCUUGAACUUAAGAGCUUUCACCAAGCUGAGGCUGAUUGUUCAAAAGCUAUUGAUCUGGAUAAAAAGAAUGUGAAGGCAUAUUUGAGAAGAGGCACAGCAAGAGAGUUUCUCGGUUAUUACAAGGAGGCAACUGAAGAUUUCCGAUAUGCCUCGGUGCUUGAACCUACCAAUAAGAGGGCAGCAGCUUCUGCAGAAAGACUGAGAAAGUUGUGAUUGGAGUAGAGAAAAUUUUGGGGGAAGGGCAGGCCAGCGCUGCAUUCGGCACAUUGCAGAACGAAGGAGGCGAAAUUAGGUUGGAAGGAUCAUCGAGCUAUCCAGGCAACCGCUUUGGGCAGGCUGGCAAAAGUAAAGUAAAGGAACUCGAUUGGAUUCUUUUUUCCGGUGAUUGUUAUGUUAUUGCUGCAUGUGGCUUGAGCUGUGCUGUGGGGGGCUGGCACGAGACGAGAAGUUUCUGUAUGCUGAAAUUUUGUUUGUUUGUGGUAGUAAUUACACACAACAUACAGAUUGAAUGUAGACUAGAAUCUUGGUAGUAGUUUCUAUAUUGCCAUUCUCUUAACCACAGCAAUGCUCAAUUGUCCUUACCCUUCCUCCAAAUAAUAAUAAUCUUAAAAUAUAUUAAAGGGGUUUUAGAAAUAGACCCUGUCCACGUCAGCCUUGCAGGCUUUUCCGUGAGUUUCGGAAAUCCUUUUUUUUUUUUAAAUAUUUUUUUCGG